CUACACUAUUAAUAUAUGGUCCCACCUGUCAUAGUGUUUUAGAGCCCGUGCUGUAGCUUGCUAUAUAUCUGUAGCCUAUUACUCCUUUCUUUUUUAUUUUAUCUCACCGAUAUAUCUUUGUAACUGAUUUAUAGUCUACUAUUAUACCUGGUCCCACCCCACGCUACCGCAGGCUGCAGCUAUAGCCGCCCACGGCCCCCACCAUUCUCCACCCGUUCGCGGCUCCGGCGACCGGUUUGCCCAACGCCCCAACCCCCACGUCCCAAAGUCCACGACCACAACACAAGUCGCAACCCCCCGCAAAUCAACGCAAAUCUCGCAGUCCAUCGCGUCGUCGAGUCAAACGUCAAAGCUUCCAAUAGUUCAAACCCGUCUAGAAACGAAACGCAGUGGGGGAGAGGGAGGGAGCGCGACGCACGCACGCACGGCACCACCACCACCUGCCGCGCGCCAACCUUCCGUUCGCGUCGUCUCGCCAAUCGCCAUAAAUCCCACGCGCUCGCGAGUGAAAUCUCACACACCACGACUCGAGCCCGAGCCGAAUCCGAGUGAUCCGACGGGGAGACAGUACGCACGCACGCUCGCUGGCUGUCUGGCUCCGUGUCGUCGCGCGCCAUCGAGAUUUCGGAGUUGGGAGUCUUUCGCUCUAUAUAAAGCCUCGGCUUCGGCUGGGCGGUUCGGGGAGCGUGAGCGUGAGUGACUUCGCCGUCGUGAGCUUCGCUUGUUUGGGAUGGCGACGAUGACGACGACCGUGACAGAGACGGCGGCGGCGGCGGCGGCGAACACGGUGGCGCGGCGGCGCCACCGCGGAGGGUGGUGCUGCGCCGGCGGCGGCGCCGAGGAGGAGGAGGAGGAGGUCGUGGCGCUGUCGUCGUCGUCGUCGUCGUCCUCGGCGCCGGGGAAGAAGGUGGGGGCGGCGGCGGGGGGGUUGCCGCGGCUGGUGCGGUUCGAGGAGUUGCCGGACUAUUUGAAGGACAACGAGUUCAUCCGGGGGCACUACCGCUGCGAGUGGUCCGUCCGCGACGCGCUGCGCAGCGCCUUCGCCUGGCACAACGAGACCCUCAACGUCUGGACCCAUCUGGGAGGCUUCUUCCUGUUCCUAUGGCUCGCCGUCGCCGGCGGGACGGAGCGGCCGGCCGCGGCGGCGGCGGGCGUCAACGCCGCGCCGGGGAUCAUGACGUUCUUGGUGGCGUCAUCAGCCAACAACGCGUCGUGGGAGACCAAUAGCACGAGCUUGGAGGGGAAGGAUUCGCCGGCGUUGUUGGGCGGCGGCGAACAUGCGCUGGCGAGGUGGCCGCGGACGGUGUUCCUGGUGGGCGCCAUGACGUGCCUGGCGGUGAGCGCGACGGCGCACCUCCUGGCGUGCCACUCGCGCAGGUUCAGCCGCCUCUUCUGGCAGCUGGACUACGCCGGCAUCGCCGUCAUGAUCGUCGCCUCCUUCUUCCCGCCGGUGUACUACGCGUUCCUCGGCCGGGCCGUGGCGCAGGUGGCGUACCUGUCGGCGAUCACCGCGCUGGGCGCGCUCGUGGUGGCGGCGCUGCUGGCGCCGGCGAGGUCGUCGCCGCGGCUGCGCCACAUCCGCGCGGGGCUGUUCGUGUCCAUGGGGCUCUCCGGCGUCGUGCCGGCGCUGCACGCGCUGUGGCUCAACUGGGGGCACCCGGAGUGCUACCUGGCGCUGUCGCUGGAGCUGGUGAUGGGGCUCGUGUACGCCGCCGGCGCGGGGUUCUACGUGGCGCGCGUGCCGGAGCGGUGGCGGCCGGGCGCGUUCGACUGCGUCGGCCACAGCCACCAGAUCUUCCACGUGCUCGUGCUCGCCGGCGCGCUCACGCACUACGCCGCCACCGCCAUCCUCAUCGACUGGCGCGAGGCGGCGAUCGCCGCCGGCGGCGGCGCCGCGGCAUUUUUGUGACCCGCCAUGGCAGGAUGUGUAUGUAUGUGCGUGCCAUUGAUUAUUCCUUCAUUAUUUUUUUAUGUGACGUAGCACAGGUGAUUCUUUGGACUCUGACAUAUCAGAAGUUCGUUGGGUUGAAACUGUGAAUGUGAAUGUAGAAGAUGGGCUUCAAGCCUUGAAAAGAAACUGUAUUGCAAAAGAAAGCAUACGAGGCUCUGAUAGUAACUCAAUCUUAAGAAUGCAUUUCAAUUGGCCCUCCAACUUAA